AUGGGAUGGGGGGAGAGAGGCGCAUCUGUUCGACACACCCUGAUGGGGCCGUGGCUUGCCGCCGAGCUGCCUGACCGGAUAAACAUGGAGAGGCUGCCGCUAGAAGCAGCCACACACAUUCUGGGUCCUCUCUCCACCCUCGACCGCGCAACCGGAGCCACGUCAAACCAAAACAGGUCGACCGCCACAAGAGGUGAAGCCAGGGCAGCCCGGAGGCCUGCGUGUCAUCCACCAUCAGCCCUUGCCGGCAAGAUGCGCCAGACGAAAUCGGACAGCUUUUCCCAUUGGGAAGCUUCCGCGCAUCAGGGGCUGGCACUCUUGCAGAGCCACGGCAGCGAGCGGAGAGCUCAGGUCGUGAAGCGCACCCCCAUGCGAACCGUCAUGGCCGUCCUGUACCAUGGCGACUCGACAGCCAAGAUCCACGGGCCGCAGCACAAGGCUUUGGCUAACAAAACACUGGCCUUUUACUUGUGCAAGUACUGUAACAGGAUCGCCUCGGUGGUACCCGUAUCGUAUUCUAGUACACAACGGCGGCUUGUUCCAAGUCGAAACGCCAACGCGCCCGCGCCCACGGCUUGUUUGGCCACCAAAGUUCGCAAGCAAGUGGACCAGAUCUGCAUCCUAGCCGUCCCGCUGCCCAGCAGCCUUGGUCACGUGUUGGUUGGCCGUCGAGAAGAGAACGUGGAGUUUGCGGGUGGGAUCUCCACAACCAUCGUGUCUUCGAGGACAGGAAGCACUUACCACCUAUCGUUCAACAACGCCAUGUCUCUUCCACAGAAGCCACAGUCUUCGCUACCGACAAACAUGCAGCUUGAAGUCGGCUGUACGCGCGAGAUCAUCCCUCCAGGUUUCCCGCAACGCAACCAGUCGUCUUUUCCUCCUGCCACAUCCACAUCGUUCCAUCACUAG